UUUCUCUGUUAACUUUCAGGCUCUCCAAAAAUGGCGCCGGGGUCCCGGAAGAAACAUGAAGAGACUGAUAAACUAACAAGAAUUGCCAUUGUAAAUUCUGAGAAAUGCAAGCCAAAGCGUUGCAAGCAAGAGUGCAAGAAAUACUGCCCUGUGGUGAGGAUGGGCAAGCUCUGCAUUGAGGUGACACCGACUGACAAACUGGCUGCCAUCAGUGAAGAGUUGUGUAUUGGGUGUGGUAUUUGUGUCAAAAAAUGUCCAUUUGAGGCCAUCAUGAUCAUCAACUUGCCCAGCAAUCUUGAGAAGGAAACAGUUCAUCGAUAUAACAAGAACUCUUUCAAGCUGCAUCGUUUGCCCAUCCCACGUAGAGGUGAAGUGCUUGGUCUUGUUGGCACCAACGGAAUCGGCAAGUCCACUGCCCUCAAGGUGCUUGCUGGCAAGCUCAAGCCCAACUUGGGUCACUUUGAUUCUGUGCCUGACUGGGCUGAUGUGCUCACUCACUUUCGUGGUAGUGAACUGCAGAACUACUUCACAAAAAUUCUCGAAGAUGACCUGAAGGCUGUUGUAAAACUGCAGUAUGUGGAUCAGAUCCCACGAGCUGUCAGAGGAUCAGUAAGGGAACUGCUGGCUCGCAAGCAUGAACGGCAGAACCUGAAAAUGAUCUGUGAUGUACUAGAUCUUAACAGCGUGCAAGACCGUAACGUAGAGGAUCUCUCAGGAGGAGAGUUGCAGCGUUUCGCCAUCGCUAUGGUGUGCAUCCAGAACGCAGAUAUCUACAUGUAUGACGAGCCCUCGUCGUACCUGGACGUGAAACAGCGUCUCAACUCGUCUCGGGCCAUAAGGUCGAUGGUGGCUGCAGACCGCUACGUCGUAGUGGUAGAGCAUGACUUGGCCGUGCUCGACUACUUGUCUGACUUUAUUUGUGUUCUCUAUGGCGUGCCUGGCGCGUACGGCGUGGUGACGGCUCCUUUCUCCAUUAGAGAAGGCAUUAAUGUCUUCCUGGACGGCUUUGUACCUACGGAGAACUUGCGCUUCCGUGAAGAGUCUCUCACUUUCAAAGUAUCUGAUCAGAUGAGCGAGGAAGAAAUCAAAAGACUCAGUCGUUCUCACUAUCCUAAAAUGAGCAAAACCAGAGGCGAGUUCCACCUCGAUGUUGCUGGUGGAAAUUUCACGGACUCUGAGAUCAUGGUUCUCCUAGGAGAGAAUGGCACUGGCAAGACUACCUUCAUCAGGAUGCUGGCUGGGCAGAUGGAGCCAGAUGAGGGCAAGACUCAUCUCCCCAACUUGCUCAUCUCGUACAAGCCGCAAAAGAUCAGCCCUAAAAGUACAUCGACCGUUCGGCAGCUGCUGCACGAUAAGAUCAGAGACAUGUACGUGCAUCCUCAGUUCGUCACUGACGUCAUGAAACCCAUGAAGAUCGAAGAACUCUUUGACCAGGAAGUGCAGCAUUUGUCCGGAGGUGAGCUGCAGCGAGUUGCCAUCACUCUUUGCCUCGGCAAGCCAGCUGAAGUUUACCUCAUUGAUGAGCCGUCAGCUUACCUGGACUCUGAGCAGCGUCUUGCUGCCGCCCGCGUCAUUAAGAGGUUCAUUAUGCACGCCAAGAAGACUGCGUUUGUUGUAGAGCACGAUUUCAUCAUGACCACGUACCUGGCUGACCGCGUCAUUGUGUUCGAGGGAGAACCUUCCAUCAAAACCAUCGCCAAUGCUCCUCAGACUCAAGUGUCGGGAAUGAACAAGUUUUUGGCUAUGUUGGGUAUAACAUUCCGACGCGACCCCACGAACUUCCGUCCUCGUAUCAACAAAGAGGACAGCCAGAAGGAUUCUGAGCAGAAAAGCUCAGGCCAAUACUUCUUCCUCGAGUCUGAAAACAAGAGCGCCCCCAAAAAGAAUGUGGGUGCUCCCGCUGGCGCUAGCGAAAAGUAAGCGUCUACCGCUCAGGAGAGGAACUGUUGGUCUGAGGUCGGACGUUUAUCAGUGACGCGCAUGAGUUCCGUGCUGACGCGGUGUCCUCAAAACUUUUUCCACAGAAAACUGUUGGUGUAGACUCUUCUAAGUGUCAUUUAUGUAUUCAUCAGUUUAAAUAGGUUGUGCAAGCCAAUUAAUGACACUUCUUUUUAUUUAUUUUUCUUCAAAUCUUCAAGUGCAUGGGUAAUGGUGGUUUCAUGUUGGUUUCAGUCGUUAUUUUACUGAUGUGAGCGUCGCAAUGUGCAACUGAUAAACUCCGAACACGA